GGGCGCCGCCCACCCUGACUUUUUGAGUUAAAAAACGUUAUAUAUACAACAUAAUUGAAAUAAGAAAUGUACCGUGUUUAUGGGUUAAAUGUGUAUGGGAGACCACUGUCAAGAACCGCUAAAAUGUGUCCGGACAUAAUAUAUUGCCAUUCGCCUUUUCUGAGAAUAGGCAGGUCGGCUACCGUCCGUGGGCGCCGAUAACAUGGGAGUCUAUGGGAGAGCUUAUACUUUUCUCAGUCAUUUUAGCAAGGAUAGCUUUUCAUUGGGGGAUGAAACUUAGAUCUGUGGGCGCUAAUCUUUGCGCCCACAGCCAAUGGCAUUGUUUCUUAGUUCAAUGUGACAUUCUUAGAUACGCGAUUGGACUAUUUCGGCGAAUCAGCAUCGUUAUCAUUCCCUAACCACAAGCGUAAAGAGCAGCACCGUAGCUAGCUGAAACUUAGAUUGAGUGAAUAUGGCGACAUCGAUGGCUGAGAACUCCGUGCAAGCUCUACUUAAAACACCGUUUCAUCGACUAUCAGAUGUCGAAAAGAAGAAAUUGAAAGACUUGGGACCCGAGCGUCCGGAUUUAAACAUUCAACAGACGACCACUGAUCGCGGGAGAACCUACACUCGGACUUUCUCCUCAAACUUGUAUGCUAAGCGGAAUUGGUUAGCUGGUUGUACAGUGAGCAAUGCCUUUUUUUGUUUCCCUUGUCUGUUAUUUCAAAGUCCUGGGACUGAAACACUUUGGACUACAACCGGAAUGAAGGAUCUAAAGCACUUCACACAAAAAUGUAAGAAGCACGAAUGUGGCCGCAGCCACCUAACCAACUGUCUUAAGCUAAACCUCUUUGGAAGACUGAGCAUUGCCGAGCAGCUGGAUGAAGGAUACCGAAUUGGCAUUCGGAAACAUAAUGAAGAGGUGAGAAAAAACCGACACAUCCUCUCCAGAAUAAUAGACUGUGUGAAGUUCUGUGGUGCCUUUGAGUUGGCCCUUCGUGGCCAUGACGAGAGCGAAAACUCGGAGAACCCAAGGAUUUUUCGUGGCUUGGUGGACGUCGUUGCAUCACUGGACGGUGUACUGAAAGAGCAUCUGGAGAGCGCAACUGUCUUUAAGGGAACAUCCAAAACAGUCCAGAAUGAACUUCUUGACUGUAUGCUGUCUGUUGUGAGGGAAAAGAUCAUCAGUGAAGUUCAAAGCAGCGAUUUUCUAUCGAUCCAAGCAGAUGAAACCACGGACAUUAGCACACAAGCCCAACUUGUGCUUGUGCUUCGCUACAUCAACGAUAAGAAUCUGGUGGAAAGAUUCUUUGAGUUCAUCCCUCUGCAGUCGGCUACAGCAGAGACCAUUGCCGAUGCUUUAAAAGAAUGCCUUGCUGCCAUCCUCCCAGGUGAGCAGAAAAGUAAACUCAUCUGCCAGGCAUAUGACGGUGCUAGUGUAAUGAGGGGUGCCACUUCAGGAGUUCAGAAGAGAAUCCGGGAUGACUACCCAACAGCCCACUAUAUCCACUGCUAUGCCCAUCAGCUCAAUCUUAUCAUGCAACAGGCUACCUCCCACGUAGUCAAAGUCAAAAACUUUUUUUCCGACCUGGGUGGAUUUUCUGCGUUUUUUUCAAGAUCCCCCAAGCGGACCAGUGUGCUUGAUGAGGUAGUGGCCCAUAGACUACCAACAGCCAGCACUGUGAGAUGGAACUUUCACAGCCGUGCCGUCAAUACUGUGUUUGAGCAAAGAGAACACCUCGUUGAAUGCUUUGAAAGAAUUCGAGCAUCAGGUGGCUUUGAUGACAAGACCAGCCAAGAAGCAGGAGGCUACAUCAGGCUACUGGAGGAUCCUCAGUUCAACUUCUUCCUGCAACUGUUUCAUAAAAUAAUGCCACACGUGGACGUCCUCUAUGCCAAGCUCCAGAAGAGAGACAUAGAUUCAGUCCAUAUAGAAAGAUGCAUCCAGCAGUUCCAAGAGGACAUACAAAAAAUCAGAGAUUCUCUCCAUGCAAUGGUGGUGGAGCAAAGCAGUGGCUCUCAGCAGCCGAGGAAGCGCCGGGCUGUGUCGGAAGAUGAGCUUAGAAGGAUUGCUGCUGAGGUAUGUGACACCAUACUUGGACACACCAAGGAACGCUUUGCCUUCAAAGACCACCUCAUCAGUGCCACCUUACUGCAGGGCAACCAGUUUGAAUGCUACCUCAAGGUAUUCCCUGAAGUUGCUUUGGCCACCACAUUGAAGGCCUAUCCAAUUCUGGAUGGAGGCAAGCUGAAGACAGAGCUUGGCCUCAUCUAUGGCACAGACGAAUUCAGAUCCUGCCGUAGUGCUGUGGAUCUUUUCCAGUUGUUCAUGGAAAACAAUCUAUCUGAGGUAUUUUCAGAGACAGUUACACUGCUGAAAAUCAUGAUCACAACUCCCAUGACCACUGCUGAGGCUGAGAGGUGUUUUUCAACUCUGAAAAGGAUUAAAACCUUCCUCAGGAACACCAUGAGUCAGGAGAGACUGAAUGCCUUAGCCAUGCUCUCAAUGGAAAAAAGGCUGGUCACAGACAUGAUUGACUUUAACCAGAGAGUUAUUGAGGAAUUUGCCAGCUUGAAAGAGAGGAGGGCUAAAUUUCUUUACAAGUAGU